CAGUUCUCAAGGAGAAGGGGAAGAAAUCAAGAGUUUAAAGAACGUUUUGAGGUUUCUCACUCUGUGAAGUAAUGGGAGAAUCUGCUUGUCUUGUGCAAACCUUUUCUCGGGCUUCUGAUACUUCCCAUGAAACUAGAGAGGAUAAUCCGAUGCGUGCACUUACAGAAUCAGUCUCUUUCGGGAGGUUCGUCUCAGAGUCCUUAGCUUGGGAGAAAUGGUCAUCCUUCUCUCAUAACCGGUAUUUAGAAGACGUAGAAAAAUACUCCAGGCCUGGUUCAGUCGCUCAGAAAAAAGCUUAUUUUGAAGCCCACUACAAGAAAAUUGCAGCUGCUAAGAAGGCAGCAGCAGCAGCCUUACCCGAGCAAGAAAACUCAGCUGCUAGUACUACUCCUCAACCAGAAACCCAAGAUGGUGUUCACAACAAUGCUGCCUUGGAUUCCCAGUUGGCAGAAUGUAAUGACCAUGAGGAUGUUGAUGAGCCACGGCAAGCCACAGCCCCCACCAUGGAGGAAGGUUUCAUCAUUGAUUCAAGCAGACAUAAUUCCAAUGUUGAAAUGGAUCACUUGGAAUCCGAUAAGGUGGAAGUAGUAGAUCCAGCAUUAGAAGACCAGAUUCUUGAGAAGAACUCUGUGGGGGUUGAAUCAUCGCAGCUUGCUGAUGUUGGGAACCACGUCAUGAUUACUGAGGUGGAUGGAACCAUCCAAAUGGAUCAGACACAUUCAGAGGUUGCUGAUAGUCAGGAGAUGUUGACUUCAACGACCAAUGCAAAACCAUCAGCUUACAACAGGGAAUGCAAGCUUUCAUCUUCUCCGGCCAAAUCAACAACUACUAUUCCUUCUAGAAAGGAAAAUAUUGCCACUCCAAACAAUAAGAAGUCUGCAAGAAAUCCAGUGCAGAAGAAGUGUUCAACUCCAAAAUCGCUCCAUAUGUCAAUUAAUUUUGCUGCUAAUCAAGAGACUUCGGCUUCAGCUACCAAGACAAACAGAACAAUUUCUUCCUCAAAGCCAUCAGCUUACAGCAGAGCAUCAGAACUUCAAUCUCCCACUGCCAAAUCGACUACAACUCUUCAUUCCAGAAAGGGAAAUAAUCCCACUCCAAACAGUAAAAAUUCUGUAAGAAGAGAUCCAGGGAAUAAGAAGUGCUUAACACCAAAAUCGCUCCAUACCUCAAUUAAUUUUGCUGCUAAUCAGGAGACAGUGGCUUCAGCUACUAAGACAAAAUCAUUGGUUUCUUCCUCAAAGCCAUCAGUUUACAGUAGAGCGUUAAAGCUUCCAUCUUCUCCUGACAAAUCCUCAGCUGUUCAUUCAAGAAAGGAAAAUAUUGCCACUCCAAACAGUAAAAAUUUUGCAAGUGACUUGGUGAAUAAGAAGUGUUCAACUCCAAAAUUGCUCCAUAUGUCAAUUGAUAUUCCAUCUGGCGCUGGUGAAACUAAUAAAACAUCUUCAGUUCGGCAAAAUAUUGCAGAUUCAAGGGGGUCUGGAAGUUUGUCGACAUCUAAACACUGUCCAACUCCUCUAAGAACCCCAACCAUGGCAUCUGUGAAUGGGUUGUCAAAGAAUCCUUCUGUUACUCCUCAAUCAGAAAAAAGAAGUACCAGAACAGAACUUUGUCUCACAGCCUCUGGAUGCAGUAAAGUGGGUGCAAAAUGGCACUCUAUCUCCACGGAUCGUUCGAAGUCUUUGAGUGCCUGUGGAGGCAUAACACGGUCGCCGACUGUCUCUUCUCCUUUUAGCUUCAGAACCAAUGAAAGAGCUGCAAAAAGAAAGGAGAAGCUGGAGAAUAAAUUCAAUGCAGAGGGGGCACUGAACGUACAGCUUCAAAUGAAACCUAAGGAAAAGACUGAAAGUGAGCUUAACAAACUGCAUCAAAGCCUCAGCUUCAAGGCAAAGCCAAUGCCAGACUUUUAUCGUGCAACAGGGUCAGGAAAGAAUCAGAUUAAAAAGACUCCACCGACACAACCUCGAUCACCCAAGCUCGGGCGGAAGCAUAUUUCCAAUGCAGUCCAGGAUUCGAGCUCUCUGCCUCCUCGAAGGCCUGCAGUUAAGAAUGACAGUUCUAAGAGAGUUAUGGAGAAGAAUAACCGAAUCCCUACUCAUUCUAUCACUGUGCUACCCAGUAUGGGUACUCAUGAGAAUUCUCCCCCGAAUAUCCCGCACUAAGUAGCAAAGAGGGGGAUUGGUGAAAUUACAGAUUAUAUUGGCACAGUAGAAUAUUAUUGGAAAACUGGUGUCUCCUGAUGAUGGACUUUUGAAAAAUGAAUCCAGUAAAUAGUCAGGGGGACAGAAUUUCUGUCGGAGAUGUAAAAUUGUUUCCAAGGUUGAUUUCUGCAUCAAGUAGAAUUGAAAUUUUGUACCUAUUCUUCCUUUUAUCUGUUUCUUAAUGGAUGUAUUAUACUUAGGUAUUGUAGAACAGAUCCAAGACAAGCCAUGGUUUUCUGGGAAAUUUUCUGGAAAGGGAUCGGGAAGAAUCAUGUAUUUGGAGUGUUACUAUAAAUAAUCCAAGUUAUCAUUUUUCUUGAGCA